CAUCAAGGCAUUUUUACAGUGGAAGAGACUGCCAUUGCUUUUGCAAAAGAUCAGCAGCAGCAUCACUCCAUCUUUUGCUUUCCUUCCCUCCUUUUGUUUCCUCAGGAAGUCUUGCAAUUCACUCUCCCUCUUCCCUUAUCUUCUCCCUCAUCACUUGUCCCUGCACCCCAAAAAAGCCUAUACGGAAGAGCGGAACAAGCACAGGAUAGAGUGGAACAGGCGUUUCUUCUUGCGUCUGCAUCCAAUGGCUGACCCUAACUCUCCUCGCCACCUCUCCAAGCUUCCACCUCAAGCUCUGAGCACUCCAACGUCAAUGACUCAGCACCUCUCACGAAAAUUCAAUUCCAGUUACCUUCACAAGGCCGUCUUCUUCUCCGUGAUCAUCGCACUCGUCUCCCUCUUCCCGUCCCGGGCGCCCGAGUUCGUGAACCAGAGCAUCCUCUCGAGGACCUGGGAGCUCCUCCACCUUCUCUUCGUGGGGAUCGCCAUAUCCUACGGCCUGUUCAGCCGCCGGAAUGCUGACUUUGAUGCGGGGAAGGAGACCUUGGUGAAGGCGGAGAACCACGAUUCCUACUUGUCUCAUGUGCUGCAUGGUUCGUCGGUGUUCGACGACGAUGAGUUCUACGGCAUGCAAGAAAUCCUCGGCGAGACCAAGACGCGGACUUGGAGUUCGCAGUACCGCCGAAAUGAGCCGGUGGUUGUCAUCGCAAAUGAAAGCACCGAGAGCAGCCAUGCCACCGGCAGGCCGCUCUUCUUGCCGGUGCGGAGCUUGAAGUCGCACAUCCAGGACGACAUGGAUGCUCCCUCCGUGUCAAUCGAUGGGACCGACGAAACCGUGGAGGCUGGCGAGGCUGGCGUCGUUCCCUCGCCCGUUUCAUGGAGAUCGAGCUCAGGAAGGAUGGAGAUGAUGGAUGAACCGGGGUCUAUCACAGGUAUGGUCGUCCCACCUUGUUCCUCUUCGUCUCUGCCACCUCCAUACUUGGACGACCAUCCAAAUCUUUCCAAGACUCCAUCUUUCCGAUCGUCCAAGACCCCCUCGCCGAAUAGGUCCUCUCUUUCGCCGCAACCGAGGGCCAAAAGCGAUGAGGAAAUGAGGAACACGAUGGCCUUCUACAAGUUCUCUCCGCCCCCUCCACCCCCACCCCCACCUCCACCGCCAUUUACCAGCCAUGGCUGUCCAUCCACUGCACACAAAGAGAUCAUAAGAAAGACCUUCAAAGAUGAACUGGAGGACUUGAGCAGGAGGGUGAGGACAGGUGGCCAAGCAAGCACCGACAUCGUCUUCGAUCUCUUCGAGUCAGCAACAAAACCAAAGAACAGCGUCGACGGCUCUUCUGUUGGAAGAUGUUUGAGAACGACGAUAGAUCCUGCAACAAAGAUAGACUCAGAGCAGUUUUUAGGCCACGAAGCUGAGAAAGUGGUGGUUCCUCCUGCUGAUUCUGCUGCUGCUGCUGCUGCUGAGUCAUCUGCCAAGGAACAUGCCUUCAGCUCGGCAGCACAACCGAGAGGAGCAAAUGAGAACGAAGUGGACAAGAAGGCGGAUGAGUUCAUAGCCAAGUUCAGAAAGCAGAUCACACUUCAGAGAUCUGAAUCAGCUCAGCUGGCGGCAGCCAAGUGUUGACAGAACAAUGGUGUCAUCGGACUCGACUUUGCUUGCUUAUGCCUGUCAUUAAUUAUACCUCUUUGUUUCAUGUUCUCCUUAUUUUGUUUCACUUUUUCCUCUUAUUUUCCAUCAAGAAUUUGGGAGCAUCUGUCAUUCAUCAUUACUAAUAUGAAGACUCAGAAAUCAAUGCGCAGCAGCUCUUCACUCUUCCCAAGCCAUUAUUCUGCUGCCUCCAUGAUUGUUGUAGCUGAUGAGAGUGGAGGAUGCUCGAAUA